CACGCAUCUCCAGGAGUGCUGUUUCGGCCUGUUCCGCGGCCGCUCGGUCAUCUUCGCCUCUUUGUUUUACUGAUAGUGGAUUUAACUCGGAUUCAACCCAAUAUCCAGCGGACCGUGCUGCUCCCAAACAGGCUCCAAUGAGAGGCUCUCCAUGAUGAGGAGCUAACACCGUCGGCCACAUAACCGCAGGAACAGACGUGGCUGCUGCACCAUCCACAGUCGACGCAUGGCGGUAUUAGGGAACCCCGACAUGCUGACGAGGAAGAUAAAGCUGUGUCACAUCAACGCCCACAUCACAUGUCGUCUGUGUGAGGGCUACCUGAUUGACGCCACCACCGUCACCGAGUGCUUACACACAUUCUGUCGAAGCUGCCUCGUGAAGUAUCUGGAGGAAAACAACACGUGCCCCACGUGUAGGAUUGUUAUUCAUCAGAGCCAUCCACUGCAGUAUAUCGGCCAUGACAGAACAAUGCAAGACAUUGUCUACAAAUUGGUACCGGGACUACAAGAGGCGGAGAUAAAGAAGCAGAGAGAUUUCUAUCAGAAGUUGGGGAUGGAGGUGCCGGGAGACAUUAAAGGCGAGCUUUGCAACAUGAAGACUCAUCUAGACCAGCGAAAUGGCGAUACAAAAUCAGAGGAAACAGCCAAUAAGGAGGCAGGAGAGGAGAAACCAGAAGAGGACAACGACUAUCACCGUAGUGACGAGCAGGUCAGCAUCUGCUUGGAGUGCAACAGCAGCAAACUUCGAGGUUUGAAGCGAAAAUGGAUCCGCUGUUCAGCACAAGCCACAGUCCUCCACCUGAAGAAGUUCAUCGCCAAAAAGCUUAACCUGACAUCAUUUAAUGAGCUGGACAUUUUAUGCAACGAGGAGAUUUUGGGAAAGGACCACACUUUGAAAUUUGUUGUUGUGACAAGAUGGAGAUUUAAGAAAUCCCCCCUCCUGCUCCAUUACAGACCCAAGAUGGAUCUGCUGUAGCUAAAACGGACAAACGGUUGUUUAUUUUUUUGUUUGUUUUUUUGGCCCAGUGGCCGCGGACUGUGCCGAACCUUUUUUAUUUAUGCAAAGACGAUCAACGAACCAACACCAAGCAAACUCCCGACGCUCAAAGUCAACACAAGCCAGCAACAUCAGGACGGGACGGCGGGGUCGUACCGAGGGGGACAAAAACAACACAAACUGGUAACCUCCAGCACAGAAACUGCAACACUGGUGUGUUUUUAAAAACUCAAACAACCUUUUUUUGUCCGCGACAUCCUAGAUAUGUGAACAAAGAAAAAAAAACAGAAAAAAAUGGAAAGAAAGCAUAUAUUUAUACUUUUGUACAGAAGAGACACAUGGACCCAAGACACUACUGGUGCUCUGUUUACACGCAAACAAGAUGUCGGGAUUCACGUAACCGUCUUUUUGAGCUUCAUGCAGAUUUCCUCCGCCUGAGACGACGACUGAAAGGAAAGGAGGACGAUUUUUUUAAAAGGUGUUUGUUUUGUUUCUUCUUCACAACACUCGACACGUCUUGGGAGCACAGAAAGUUUAUGGCAAAGUUCUAUAACAGGCAUCGAUUUUAAGCCGCUGAUCAAGUCUCUGAAUCUUUUUUUAUGAUUUGAUUUUGUCUAAUUUGCUAUUGGGUUCUUGAUGAUUGUCAAUUGUGAAUAGGCUUAAAAUGUUUUGUGUAGUAAUUUAUGUUCUAUAUACCAAUAUUGUACAUAAAAUGUCAUUACAGAGAGAGAGAGAGAGAGAUUGAAAGAAAGAAAGACUUUAGACUGUUAAAAGAAGAGUGGAUCCCAGAAGUGCUAUCUAUAUUUUGGGCGAUGAGAGGAGAUAAAUUAGGAUUUUUAAAAGACAGACUCAUUAUCAGUAUCAAAAUAUAUAAAUGCUUCUUUAUGAUGUCUGGGAAAGACAGAAAAUAUAUCAAAUCCUCUGAGUACCUGGGGUCUUAAUAUGUUACAUCGCUCUCGUAGCAUUUUGAGAAUUUAAGGCAGAUAAGAAGAAAGCUUCCGAUCCAUCUUCCCAUCCUUCAUCUCACUGCCUUCCAAGGAAAGCAGCUGCUUUUUUAUGUUGUUUGUUUUUUUCUUACACCUGGGGGGUGCACCACAAAGUGAGAUUAAAGGGUAAGCCAGGUCUGUUGAGUUUUCUCUGUUACCUGUCUUUGAACCCGGAUAGAUCCCCAUGCUGAGUCUAAUCAAAUUACUGGUUGGUACCAGGUUAUGUUAGGAGUUACAGCCGAAAAAAUCAGCAGCAGAGACCUGUCAGUUUUAUUAAUGAUUGCCUGAGAAUGCUCUCGACUGGUGUUAUAGAUAUGGAGAAUUCUGGAAUCAUACUGUAGCAUUUAAAGCCACAGUAUAAAGUUGUGCAGUAACAGAAACACAGGCCCACUGUGUGCAUCAGUAGGCCUGCAAAAGGACCAGCAAGGGCACAGCAGCCUAGGAACCUAGUAUCUUUAUGUUUGCUCUAAAUAUCCUGAAUAGUCCUUGCAACACAGCUGCUUUAACAAAGAUAAAACAAAGAUAAUGAAAUUAAAUUUUUUCUAAGAUAUAUAUUUUUGGAGGCUUUCUAUGCCUUUAUCUACAGAAGAGGACAGUGGAUCAGUGGAUAGAACCAGAAACAGGGAUGGGGGGCUUCCAAAUUAAAAGCCAUUUUUGCUUAUUUUUUCAUGGCAUAAGGGUUAUCUUGACGUAUUAUCUUAUAGUCCAUGAUUAAGGUUAUUCUAUUUGAAGCAUUUGAAUCUUUGGCUCCCAACCUGGACCCCAUAAGAUCUUUGUUUGUGUGCUAGAGGUUGACAGAAUUAGGCUUGCAUGAAUAAUUAAAAUCAUCAGGAAACACUUAUUAAACCAUUUACACAAAGAUCCUUUGGUUAGGGAAUCACGUGCAGACCUAUUCUCUAAGGGUUUUAACAAUGAAACAGUUAAAGUCUAUGCUACUUUUUGACAGCAAUGCUUAAAUGUUUUUACGAGUGGUCCUUAGCUUUUCUUAGAUUUGGUUGGUGGCUAAAUCACGAUCUAGCGAAUGAGAAUAAUAUUUAACAGAAAAAUAAAGGCAUGAACCCUAGGUAAGUGAGUGGACGUGUGGCCUGGUUAUAAGGAAGUCUUGGCCUGACACUUCACAAUGGACCAGAGCCUGAAUGAGCUUUGGGAGACAGAUUUGAAUACCAAUUUAACAAUCACACUUACAGUGUUUUGGAAUUAUUUAGAUUUAGCCUUUAAGGAAAGAAAAAGGUUGGGAACCAUUGGUUUAAAUCACUUUCAGAGUUGAAGAGCUGCACAGUUUUUUUUUUUCAUAAGGAUAAAUUAGAACUGCAGACAUUUUGUUAGACUGCAAAAUCCACUGAUUGAUAUAAAAAUUGAAGAAUUACAUCCAUGCAGCUUCUCAUGUUUAAUGCAGCACUAGCAUCAAUUAAGUUUUUGUAUUUAUUAUUUUGAUCUGACAGUGAGAAAGAUGGGAUUGUUCAAUUUUGUGCAAUCAAAAUGUCAAAUUUAUCUUUGGAUCAAAAAUCAUGCAUUCCAGCCCUGCACACCAGGUCUAAAGCAUUAAUUUUUUUAUUCACUAUGAAAAUUCGCAGUAUGAACUAAAAUGGCUUUGUACUUUGAAGAAAUGAUGGCAGUGCAAAUUAUUUUGUGGUUCUUUCACUCCUUGAACAACUAAAAAGGAAACACUGGUUUAUUCACCUUGACAGAGUCAUUCAUAUAUUUAGUUUUUAUGCACAAGCUUGUGAGUCACGGUGCUGUGCCAAGUUAGAGAGCGAGAGUGGAAUUCUCAGAGCUCAAGUCAAUCUUUUUUUUAUUUGGCUAUGAGUGCAAAUUUUGCCCUUUUUGUUAUAUAUUCCAUGUUUUAUAUCCACAUGGACAAAUCACAGAGCUGAGAGUGAAGUUUCAGCUUGUGAGAGAGAGAGAGGGGAGCUGCAGCCACUGCUCUGAAUAGUCAGUCUCCCAAUUAUAUGACUUGGGCGGAUGCAAGAAACACAAGAACCUAACGUGUUCAGAACAAAAACAACACAGAAAAGCUUUAGAGCAAGUCCGUAAACAUGAUUAACACAGCAUAAGAUUGUAUGUCUUCAUAAGCAUGACAAAAAUAGACUCAGUGUGCAAAGGCAUUAAAUACUGAGUGAACCAAGAAUGCUCAUGAGCUGAUUUAUGACAGUCGAUGUUUCAACUGGAGUUUGUGGAUCUCUGUGGAGUCCGUUUAGUCAUCGGGCUCUUGAGCUUGCUUUGUGGUACACCCCUCAGUAUCGAUUAUUCUUGUCUUAAAAGAAAUGCUACACAAAACACUGUUGUUCCAAAUGCCUGCAAGACAAAACACAAUAUUUGAGCUGUAUUUUUAUUGAUUUUGAUCACACCAUGCACUCCUUUCUAUCCAUCCUUGUAUCUCUGCAGUCUCUCAGCAGAUACACCCACAUGUUUACAGAUUUUAGCUUGAACUUUUAGCAGCAGAUGUUGACACCACGCACCCUCAAACCAUGCUUCCAUUUUGUUUCAGUUUUACUGCAAUACUCUCCCUCAAAGCUGCAACAUAAUUUCAUUUCUGCAACUCUAGCCUCGUUUGCGUUAAAAUGCUCCUUCUAUAAGGUUUGUGUGAUUUAAAACUUUUUUUAAAUCUCAUGCAAAAAGGAGAAGUAUGGACAUUUUCUCAGCUUAAGAAAGUAAGCUAAUAAGAAUUCUGAUUCUGAACGGUCUAGCAAAAUUUUCUCUUCUGUAGGAGAUCAGAUGGCUUAUUCUACAACACAAGUGCAGAAAACAGAUGGCACAUUAUUGUGUUUUUAUGGGAUAUUUUCAGUUACUUGUCACUGCCAGUUGGAGACUUAAAUGUGCAAAGUGUUUCUAAAGGUCAACAGGAUUUCUACAUGUCUCAAAAGUCUGAAAAACUUGGAAUAUUUUGCAGGAUCAGCUACAAAAGACACAAAUUUAAUCACCGUUUUUAAGAACUAACUCAAAUUCAGGUGCGACACAGGGACUGAGGUUUCUUUUUGUCCAUUUUGAUAAUGAAAUUCUGGAUAAAAAUGACUGCCGUUUGGUCAUUUGGUGCUCAUAAAUGUGUGUUUGUUCAUGCUGUAACUGCGAUACAGCAAACCAAUGUUUUCGUUAUCAGCAACGUCUUAAACUCGCAGCAUUCAAAGCAAACUGUCUUUAAAGUAACCACGACUGGAUUCCUGAACGCCUCGUCAGACCUCAAGUAGUAUUACCUCACUGUUCCUUAUUUAACCCUCUGUAUCUGCCCACAACAAGCUCUUCUGUCUGUGUGUUCCCCUGCAGGGUUUCUAGCCAUCACUUCAGAGCUUUAUGGAUUUAGAAAUAACAUUAAAAUACUUAAAACCCUGAAAAACUUUCAUUCUUGUUAACAAAAACUGAGACUUUGCAAUUUAAAUGUUUAGUAACCUUGCUCAAGAAGGGCCUAUGACGUAUUUGAAAAAAAGAACAACAGCAUACUGGUCUGUACUUACCCAGCUUAUUUCUGAUGCUAAUAUUUUUUUUUUUUUUACCCUUUUCCCAGCAGCCUUUGUAAAAGAGUCAUUGUUUUUGGUUUUUGCAUCAAUUGAAGUACCUGAAAAUUGGCAUGAUCAUGCUUUUAUUGCUACUGCCACCAAUGCUGAUCACACUUUUGCUUUGAUAUAGCAGCAGGUUCAGCGGUUGGUCAGUCUACUUAGCUUUGCAGUGCACUAGGGCCUCCUGUAGGUGGCAGCAUAGUGAGCACAAAAGUCAUCCUUAUUCAGUCAACAUACAAAAGACAUAAUGUAACUUUUGUGGCCUUAUUUAAUUAGCUAAUUAGCCUUAUCCCGCUGGUUUAAACACAGAUUUCAACACUGGAUUAAAAUAGGGCUUCCUACAAAGUUUUAGGGAUGUUAGCACGCCUGCUUACAGUGAAAGAUGACUGAUCCACAGCAGCAGUAAAUGAGUUGUUGUCAAGCUGCAUUUCAGUUUAAAUUGAUGCACAAUACUCAUGUACUAAAUAGUUACAGGCUGGCAGUUUGAUUAUAGAAUUACAGUGCUUCUGUCUACUACAGACACCAGAGUUUUUACCACAUGUGAUCAGUUUUGGUGAUUGAUGAGCACUGAUUUUGAUCUACCCAUAAUGACUGGUUUGUGAUCUCUAUAAAAGAGCUUUAACUCUUACAAGCGCACUGUUCUGGGUUAAAUCUGACUUCACAAAUCCAAUCUGCAGCACAAACAUUCAGCAUCUUUUAACCUUUAUUUCAGUUAUUUUUCAGUCUCUAUUUUCCCCAUCUUUGCUGCUGUUAUCACUCUUUAAACAUUGCCAAAUCUUGUGCAAUGGCAGUUUUCUUUACCCAAAGGCGAAACUAAAGAAAAGGAAAACACUCCUUUGCUUUAAAAAGAUCAAAAACCAAAAGCAAUGAUCCUUACAGCUUGUCAAUGUCAGAGCUUGUUAAAACCCCCUUACAGAAACGGUGUAAUCAUGUGCGCUUCUCUGUCUUUGUAAGUGCAGACUUGGUGUUUUAAAGGCUUAUAAACAGGUUAUGUCAUAGAAAUGAGGCUAAUGUCAGUUACUUUGACUCCAGUUGUAAAGAUCCCCUGAGGCUGAUGUCAAAGUGAUCCUGUGUAUCCUCAAACUUUAGGUGAAUGAUGUUUCAACCCCUUACCAUACAACUGGAAUGUUUCCAUCGAGUCUUUCCAUCCAUAACCUGAGACGUCAGUCUUUAAUCUCUCUCCAUGUGGACUUUUUUUCAUGUUUUAAGGCACAGUUCUCCUGUAAACAUUCAGUCUGUUUCUGAUAAAACCUCCAUAAAUGUUCAGAAGCUUCUCCUUCAGGUGUUAAAACUGUAAACUCCCCUGAUAAGGUGCUAUCAUAAUCACGACUGCAAACAGACUUAUUUCUAUAUAACUGUCUCAGAUCAGUGCAUUGAGUGUUCCCGGUGCUUUUGAGAAUGACUGGCAUUAAAUCAAAGCUUACACAUCAGUAUGUGUGUUCAAUUAUGCCCUGUUUUAUUGAACAUGGUGGUGUUCACACUGCUUCUUUGGUUUUCCCUCUCACAUCAGAUUUUUCAUGUACAUAAUUCAGAUGUCAGCACUUUGGUCUUUACUACAAGUUUGGUAAAGCGCUCAUGUUUUAUGUGCGCCCUUCAUCACAGUGACCAAAAAGUCACAGUAACCCAAGUGUCUGCAGUGUCCCCAACAUAAUAAAGUCAUAGACAAUGAACUUAUAAAGACUAAUGAUUAUAUUUUAUGUAUGCAUUUGUUGAAAAUCAACAGUUUGAUGCCAUUUAAGCUUAGGUGAAGUUCCUCUGCUGUGGUCGGGGCACUCCCAACCUUAGAAAGCUCAUCAGCGUCUUGAAUAACACUUCCUCUGCUAGCAUGCUGCCAUCUUAGUUUACCGUAGACUUGCAGUUCUUUGGAAAGUUACUGAACUUAAACCAUGUGAUCAUUUGUCUGUUUCUACCUUUUACCCGCUAAAGGCUUAGUUAUGCUUUCUGCAUGUGCGGCAGCAUGGAGACAAACAGACGUGGAAUCGUGGCGUUGAAACUUGUGAUGCGUUCAUACCUAAAACCGGCUUCUUCUUGCUGCAAACCAAUAUUCUACCAAAAGCUAGGGGGCAGUGUCUUCAAAAACAAUGUCUGUGGCAUGUUUCGACAUCUGGGUUUGCUUCAGAGAUGUGCAUGGCCAGGCAAAAAUUCACAGUAUGGGACCCCUGAAAAGAGGCGUGUCUUAAGAUCCCAUUUGACACAUGGGCACUCCUAAUUCUGCGGAUGCAUCAAGUAUAAAACAGGCUUAAGGAUAAACAUCUUCAUCAAAUUCAAGCAGCUAUCUUCGCAACUCAGAAACCUUCAAUGCAAACAUGACAGAUGCAUUCAAGAUCUAAAAAGUAUGCAUCCUAUCAGAGUCUAUGCAAUUGGUUUUCAUUGCAGUUUUCAUUCGUUGUGGGGUUAUCAUGAUACCAGAAGUUGCAACUUCAAUAUAACACUAGUAAUAAACAAUAUCAGACCAUGUUUUGAUAUCACAGAAACAAAAAUUAUAGUCCAAGGCACCCAAUGAUUUGUCAUUUCUUGAGUCAGUUAAUAAAAACGGCAGACGACUCCUGCAUUUUGUCCUUUGUGCACAGAAAAUAGCAUUAUUUAAUUCAGAAGGUUUUUUUGAUAUUUUAUAAUUAAAAUAACAGAUGGUAAUUCACCUUAAAGACAUGGCAUCUACAGAGAAAAGAAGUGUCAAACUGUAACAACCUUACCUCUAAAACCAUAGGAUCUGUGCACACAGCAGUCUGUCUGACCUGGGUUUUGCUCCACCCUCGGCUGCUUGUUUCUAUUUCUCAUAUGAGGUGCAGCUCAGAGCCUCUGGAUUAUGAGUUAAGAAGGGAACGAUACAACUAACUACAUGUUAGUUUGCCUCUCCUAUGAUGUUUACUGGUGUAUUACUUUGAAAUUCACCAGCUGCUCUAUGCACAACCAUCCCUGACUUCCUGUGUGGGUUGAUCUGCUCUGCCCAUCUUGAUGUGUGCUGGAAGCAGCUUCAUUUCAAGCAGAGUGGAUUGGCGCUUGUAUGCUUCAGAGCUGGAUUUGAACUCAUGCUAGGAAAUCCAUGCAUUGACUAGACAGGGUGCAGUUAUCUCCAGAGUGCAUGGUUACUUUCUCUGAAUAAUUUGCACAUCUCUGAAAUUGGUCUCAAGUGUUUUGAAUUCAUCUGGUGGACACAGAUAGAGCACAGACGUUGCUUCUUGAUUAUGCUGUAGACAUGUCCUGGCUUUAAAGUUAGAUUUGAAGGGCAUUUUUUUGUCAAAGAUCUUUGUGAAAAGGAAAUUUAAAAAAAAAUUACCUUUGUCAUUUAAAUGAAAAUUGGGUCUUUUAUCAAAAGUAAAGACUAAUAAUUUUUAAGUCUGUCAUAUUCAAACACCUGUAGUCAUCACUUUAGUGUACUUAUUUAAUACUGUUAAGAUAAAAGAAACAAUAGAAUAGACUUCCGAUAUGUCAGUUUUAUGAGAAAACUUUUCCCGUCAUUUCCCUUUUAUUCCUCCCUUUACUCCACUCAACCCCCCUUAUUCCCUCCUUAUUUCCUUUCCCCCCUGAUUUCUCUCCUUAUCCCAUUUCCCUCUUGUGUCCCCCCUAUAAAAUCUGGUCAUGGUCUAAAACUUUACGAUGCUAUGAUAUUGUUAACUUCAGUAUUAAAUAGACAGGUACUAAACUUUCUGAUGACCCAGUUGUCUAAAAGCAGCCUCUGACAUCUAUUUCAUUAUAAAGUUAUAAAUAGAGAGAACAGCCCAAAAGUCUGAUGUGAGAACAUUUAGAAAACACAUAAAGCUGCAGUGUGAACGAAGCCUUCCAUGUUCCUUUUGUUAACUUUUGUUCCUACAAUCCUGUGAGCUGUGUUCUGAUUGGAGGAAACCUGGUGAAAAUGUGUUUGCCACAGUGACGGUCAGAGACCGUCUCUGAUGCUGGUGCUCUCUUCGGUGCUAAACUUCUUGUUUCAAAUCUUCAGACUUCUUCAAAAAGAUCAUGCCAGAGACAGAAAAAAGCACUUUGUUGAGAAGUUCUCACACAUCUUUGAGUCCUGGAGUGAGUGUGUCUGUCUGAGCCGUGCAGAUCAAGAAGGUGCCGGCUGUUUUUCUGUUCCUUCAUCAUUGGAUUGUCGGGUUUGGUUAACCCACUUGUCUAGGCUUGUUAUGAAAGGCAAAUAGAAGGAGUUUAAAUAAGACUGUGACGCACACGAUGCUGUGAAAAAAACAUGGUGAGAAAAUGCAUGCAAGCUGCAAUCUCCUGCCUCACACUUAUUAUUGGCUUCUCUGGUGUUUAAUCCUUUACUUAGGUGGAGAUUUGUCUGUGCACAAAAUCAUAAGUAAAGAACAGAUCUCAUACUGUUGAUCCUGUGGGAGAUUUGACCUUCUUGGGGCGUUUUCACACCUAAUAUGUUUGCUUUGGUUGAAACAACCUUGAGUCCAUUUGCUGGUUGGUAAUGGCACUGCAAGGUCCAUUUUUACAGACUUAGACGCUGCAGCUAAACCACGCUCAUAGCUACCAUCUCGAUUUUUCACUAAGAACCUCACUAUCUGAAAACAAGCACAUUAGCUUGACUUUUAGCAGGAUAGAUCUGCCUGAUGACAGACAUAGAAUCUGGGCAAUCCAUUGGCUUUGGAAGGUUAUAUUUCCCUUUCUUACUGCUCACUAAAAAAAGUCAUAGAUUACAGCAAUUAAUGGAUUUUUUUUCUUAAGAUUACAAGUUCAAAAUAUCACAAUGUUUCUGGGAAACUCAUCUGAGUAGGCCGUAGUUCAGGAGGAUUAAUGUGCACCUUCUCUUCAACUGUCCCAACAAGCUCAUUUGUGUUCUCUGUCCUAUUUGAAAUUGCAACAUGUCUUCAGUCUGUUUACAUCCAGGAUUUUUCCUGCAGGACAUUCCAACCAAUUAGAGAGCAUUUCCUUGUGCAUGACACUUGUAAGUGUCCCUGUCAGUAGAAGAAGGAUUGCUUCAUUGUUCAGACCAGAGCAAACAAACUAUAGGUGUGAAAAGCCCUUAGUGUAAGCUGCAUACUCCACCUACUGUGCACCAGAGUGGAUCAGUGUUCUUGCUUUUUACCGCCGCUGACAUUGAGACAUCAGAGCCGCUACGAUUGACAGACAAGCUAAGAGGCUCACAGGAGGCUGGAGUCUGCCUCGCUGCAGAUCUGAGCUGGUAUCUUAGAAAGCUCGCUGACGUGAGGGAAUGCCUGGAUCUGUCAGGGCUACGGCUCUCGGGCCUCGUCUCCUCCGCUCUGACCUUGAACAGCUGUCAGCUUGUUUAUCUCCUGCAUAGAUCUGUGUGAGGCUCAGGGUCAAGCUGCUGUGGUUUCACAUCUUCACGUGAAAUGUCAGCACCAGGAAUUUGCGGUAUUCCUCCAGUAAACAAUUUAUCUGGGUUGCUUUGUGCUGAGUUACUCUGAGAGUUUUGGAGCCGUCGCUAAAAGGCAGAAACAUUCAUUUCAAGCUUGUUGGCAGCAGAAUGAUUCCUGGCAACUUGGAAAAGCCUAUUCUGUGCUCUCUCUUCUGUAAUAAGUGUCCACUCCAGGAGUGGGAUAGCUUUCUUUGUUGCCCAGCUCGUUCGUUUCCUUCAUUUCAGGGUCAUCCGUAAAGCCCUGAUAAUCUCAUGGCCCUGGCUUUCUGUGUGUACGUGAGACCUGGAGGGUCACUCAGACGGCUACAUGGACUGAAAACACACUCCAAAAUGUAUCAUUGAUAUUGUCUGGCCGGGGUUGCAGCAGCUGGUACCUCCUCUGAAAAGGCUGCCCAGCUGUAAAAGCACAAGUGCACAGAGCCGAGUCUCCAUGGGUGGUGCAGUUCUGAAGAGCAAAUGACCGUUUAAAUUAUGGAUUGUUUCACCACUCCAGGGUUGUGGCUGUUGUUUUUAGAGAUUGUUCCCCAGUCGUAGGUUCAGCACGGUGGCUGAAAAUGACUCCCUUUGACUUUUAUGAGAGCUAGAAUGACACCGCUGGUUUCAGUAAUUGGGAAAAUCAGUCAACUGCUACCAAACCUGCAAACAGUUGUGUUCCCCUUUGAGCCAUAGCAGAUGUCAUUUAUAAAUCUGUCCAGUUUUUUAAUUAUUGCUAUUUAUUAAUGCUGAAAAAGUGACUUCUGCAGUAGCGUCAUGUUCAAUGAAUUUUUAGAAGGAGAUUUUGCUCACAAAUUAGUCUCUUUACUUUUUGUGAAAUCCAUGAAGAAAUGCUUUUACUCCUGAGUUAUGAAUUCAAGCAGCUUGGUCUGUGGUCCUCAGCUUCCGAAUAUGAUGAUCUUGUUUCCUGUAGCAUCUGUUACAUAUGUGCCGGCUUUUAAUUCAGAUCAGGUGCUGCAUACAUGCAUAUGUAGAAAAGGUAAACCCUGGUUCCUAACUGGUUGGUCAGGACCCAAAACUGGGUAGUGGCUGUGUGCCUGGAAAAAUAUGUGGCAAAAAGUCUAUGAUGAGAUUUUAUUUUGAAGGUUAUGUACUCAUCUUUUUGUUUUGUCACAUCUUUUGUUCCAUCUCAAGCACAAAUGUUCAGAAAUUUGUGUCACAAUUGGUCAACAAGGAAUUGAUAGGGGAUCCUGACCCACUGAUUUAGAGCAUACCCAGACCCUUUUGUGACUUCUUGUACCUGGUGAUAAAGCCCAGACCCUGUUUGUACAUUCUGUACAACCAUCUUUAAAUGUUUACACAUUACAAUUUAAUAUGAAGUCUGCAAACAAACUUCUGCACUCUGCAUCUUGCAUUUUUAAAGGACUCAUUCCUCUCUUUUGCACCUGUCCUAUGAAAUACAGAUGUGGAAUAAUUUUUUUCUUCUUUAACUUAAAAAAGACUGCUUUUUGGGAAGUUACAUAGAAUUUUUUUUUUGUGUUAGGGAAUUCAAAAUACAUUACCUAAAUAAUGAAUGUACAUUGAAUUCUGCAAACUGACAAAGACCAGUGGUUCUCAAGUGGCCUGGCCCAGGACCCACCAGUCUGUCUCACAACAGAUCGGGACCCAAGUUUCCAAAUAUUUUCAACAACCAGUGUUAAUAUCGUCGACUAAAACUAUGACUAAAAAUGUUUGUCGACAGCCUUUUUUUCCAUGACAAAAACUAGACUAAGACUAACAAAAUAGAUCUGUGAUGACUGCA